GAUUGGUAAACUUGACAGUUACUGACGGGCAUCCAUGGCAACCACGAAACCAAUCUGCCAAGUCCAAUAGAAAAUCAGCAGAGGGGCUGACUGUCUUUUCCCUGUUCAAAAUGCAUCUCGGUUUUAGUUUUUAUACCUCUUGUACUUUCAACCUACGAAGUUCACCAGCCGAUCGCUGCAGAAGCCAGUCAGAGGGCAUAGUUCCUCAGUGUUUUUAACGGUUGAUCUGUUCACUUUAGGAUUGCCUUUUUGUCUGAGAGAGAAAGAGGGAGAGAAGGAUAAGCGCGAGAGGGGAGCGUGUGAUAGAGAGAGACGGAGAGGAAACGAGAAGCCUCCAUGUUUCAGCUGCCCAUCUUAAAUUUUAGCCCCCAGCAGGUUGCGGGGGUUUGCGAGACCCUGGAAGAGAGCGGGGACAUUGAGCGCCUCGGUCGCUUCCUCUGGUCUCUGCCCGUUGCCCCGGCAGCCUGCGAAGUCCUCAACAAGAAUGAGUCGGUGCUUAGGGCGCGGGCAAUCGUGGCCUACCACACCGGGAAUUUCCGAGAACUUUACCACAUCCUGGAGAACCACAAGUUCACCAAAGAGUCUCACACUAAACUACAGGCCCUGUGGCUGGAGGCGCAUUACCAAGAGGCAGAGAAGCUGCGGGGCCGCCCGCUAGGGCCAGUGGACAAAUACAGGGUGCGGAAGAAGUUCCCUCUGCCCAGAACGAUAUGGGACGGAGAGCAAAAGACCCACUGCUUCAAGGAGAGAACCCGACAUCUGCUACGAGAAUGGUACUUGCAGGACCCUUACCCGAACCCGAGCAAAAAGAGGGAGCUCGCGCAGGCUACAGGACUUACUCCCACACAAGUCGGAAACUGGUUCAAAAAUCGUAGACAAAGGGAUAGAGCAGCGGCUGCGAAAAAUAGGCUACAGCAGGGGUUGUCCCAAGGCUCGGUUCAGUCUUUGGCAGAUGAUGAUGGAACCGUCGAUCGACUCGGUCCCGCCUCCAGCCCCGAGGCAAGUUUGUCGAGCAAAGCCGCCACCUCAGCUAUCUCUAUCACUUCCAGCGACAGCGAAUGUGACAUCUAAUGGCGCACAAAGCAGUCGAGAGAAGGAAGAGGAUAAAUUGACAGUAGAUAAAUGAAGGAGAUCCGGAAAAACAAUCUAACAUAAAAACAGUCAUAGUGCCUGCGUUUGAAUUGAAAGACUGUUCUUCUUUGAUGACUGCCAAAACAUGAGGGUUCUAACGGAAUUCCCUGUCUUAAAGCUAUAGGCUACUUUCUUUUUUUUCUUCGUUUUCCACUAUGGAUGACUGAAGCUAAUGCAAGCUGAAAGAAAAUGUAAAGAAAAAACAUAUUCAUAUUCACGAUCCCUUUUUAGGGAUGACUAAUAAACCAAUGCCUCAAGUUGAAACUAAAAAUAAAAAAAAUAAGGAAAAAAGGAGAAGACAUUCGAGCGCCAAACCUGCUAUUUUCUGUGGGUAUUUCAUGUUGAAAAGACGCUGUAAUAUUUUUACUUUACUUUUAAAGUGGUAUAAAUAAUGUUUAUUUACUUAUUUAAAUGAUAGGCGCUGUUAUAAUUUGAUAUUAUUUUGCUUGGUGUUUUUAUGUUUACCUUGUCCACAGGUGAACCCGUUGAGCAUGUGCGCUUUAGUGAACAUGUGUUUCAGUAAAAAAGACAAAAAAGAAGCCUAAAGAAACGUAAUAAAAUUAUUGUUGAUCAAAAGAA